AUGGAUAGAAUCCUUUCAUGGAAUGUGAGAGGGCUUAACUCUCCUCAAAAACAGGAUGAUAUCAGGAGAUUCAUUCAGAAGUAUGGGGUUGGGUUAGUAGGCCUUCUAGAACAUAAGGUUAAGGGUGCUAAUUUAGGAGGUAGAAUAGUGGUGGCUUGGAAACUAGGUAGUUUUACAUUGAGUAUUGUAGCUGUUACUAGCCAGUUUAUCCACUGUUUAGUUGCUCCAGUAAGUGGCAAGCCUAGCUUCCAUUCUACUUUCAUUUAUGCUUUUAACACAAAUGCUCAAAGAAAGGAGUUGUGGAGGGAUCUGAAGUCCAUAAAAGUUAUUGGUCCCUGGGUGUUGUGUGGGGAUCUGAAUUGUGUCAUGACUUCUGAAGAGAGAGUUGGUAGUAUUGUCAGGCAAUCUGAAGUGGAGGAUAUUGUUGACUGCAUGCAGGAGUGUGGUAUGGAAGAUAUCAGGUGUGUGGACAAUUCUUUUACCUGGAAUAAUAAACAACAAGGGGCAGCUAGAGUCUUCUCUAAGCUUGAUAGAAUUAUGGGGAAUUUAGCUUGGCAGAAUACUUACAGUACUGCAGAAGUCUGCUUCAUGAGAGAAGGACAGUUUGAUCAUUGCCUUGGCAUCCUUACUGUCUUUCCUUGUGUGGUGGGUGGGAGGAAGCCUUUUAAAUAUUUCACCAUGUGGAAACAUUCUCCUGUGUUCCAGGAUACUGUGUCUGUUGCUUGGAAUACCAAUAUUAGUGGUAGUAAAAUGUAUGUGGUGGCUAGCAAGUUGAAGAAAGUUAAAGCUGGUUUAAAAGAACUCAAUAGAGUGGGGUUUCCAGACAUUCAAGCUGCAGAUCUGAGUGCAUACAAUGCUAUGUUGAGUGCGCAAGAAGCAAUGCAUCUUAAUCCUCAUGAUCAGGCAUUAGCUGAUCAAGAAUUACUUGCUACAAAUGAAUACAGGAUUAAGCAUAAAGCUUACUUGGAGUUCUUAAAACAAAAAGCCAAGGUGGCCUGGAUUAAAUCUGGGGAUGAGAAUACAGCUUUGUUCCAUCAGAGCAUUAAGAGUAGCAAUUUAUAG